AUGCACAAGCUGGCACACCCAGACGGCGAGGCCGCGACAUCACGGGCCGCGGCGAAGAUGAACAUCUGCAUGGCCCUUUCCUCAUACGCGACAGAGUCCAUGGAAAACGUAGCUGCGCAAGGGCUCGGAAAUCCCUAUGUCAUGCAGCUGUGUGUGCUUAGAGACCGCGAGACAACAAUUCAAAUACUGAAGAGAGCGGAGGCUUCCGGAUACAAGGCCAUAUUCCUUUCUGUCGAUACACCACUCCUCGGUCGCCGCUUGAACGAGUACCGCAACAACUUCACCCUGCCGGAUGGCGUUGAAUGGCCUAAUCUCCUGUCUGACGGAAAGAGCGAGUUGAGCGGCGCGAUCAAAGACAAGCAGGCUGUUUCCAAGCAUGACUUCGGUAAGGACGAGUACCAAAAGAGAUAUUGGAACGCAUUUCUAACUAUUUCAGACCCCUCUCUUGACUGGGACAGCGCGAUCCCGUGGUUGAAGCAGCACACCAAGCUCCAAAUUUGGUUGAAGGGUGCGAUGGCCAUCCGGUACGGCAUCGAUGGUAUUGUCAUCUCCAACCACGGUGGCCGACAGCUCGACGGCGUUCCUGCAACCCUCGAUGCGCUGAGAAUUUGCGCACCUGUAGCUGCAGGCAAGAUUCCCAUCGCGGUCGACGGCGGUAUCCGACGCGGAACCGAUAUCUUCAAGGCGCUCGCGCUUGGCGCGUCUCACUGCUUCGUGGGAAGAAUCCCCAUUUGGGGUCUGGCUUACAACGGCCAGGAGGGUUGCGAGCUUGCGCUGAAGAUUCUUCAGUACGAGCUCAAGAUUGCGAUGGCCCUUGCAGGAACGCGGACCAUUGAAGAAAUUUCGAGGGGUCACGUGGCGUACUUGAACGGCAGCGGAGUUCUGGCAAAGCUGUAG